AGUAGUGGCUCAUUUGAAGGUGUAGCUUGAGCAGGUUGUUGCUCCACAGUUCCUCUUUAAACACGACUCGGAGAAGGAGUGAGUGAAGCUUGGGUUUGUUUCGUUGGUGUAGAGUGUGAGAAGGUGCUGGAAGUUUUGGAGACUCAGCAGUGAUAAUAAUACUAAUAAUAAUAAUAAUGAUGAUGAUGAUGAUGACGAUGAUAAUGGUGAGUGGUGAACCUUCAUCCUGUUUUGGAUAUGCUUCAAAUGUCAUGCUAUAAUGUUUGUUCUGUCUCUCUUAUUCAUUCUCUCUCUCUCUCUCUCUCUCUCUCUCUCUCUAUAUAUAUAUAUGCAGUUUUGAUAUGCUGGAUAUGUUACACCAAAGCUUAAUUUGAUAAGUUUUAAAGUUAAAAUGGUUCAAUUUUAGAUCGGAAGAUGUUUCUUUAAAUUUCACAGCAUAAACUCCAAAGCUCUUGAAACCUUCUGUAAAAACAUCACCAAGAAAAUGUCUCUUUUGAAUGUUAAGAUCUGUAUGUGUGCAGGUAUCAGUUUGCUGAACAUCAUUCUUUAAACAUCUCUACUAUCAGUGACAUCCUGUCUUUCAGGUUUGGACACAGUUAGCCAACUAGAUGAACGACAAAUAAUGAGAUAAUUAUCACAUUAUUAGAUUAUCAGAUGGAAAUCUUCAAAGACAUUUCGGUAUUGUCGUCACACAUGGUCAGAGUCAUUAUAAUCGUUAUUCAGGUUUAUUUAAGAAUAGAGAAAUUACAAGAUAAGCCAUGGCACUGUAAUUAAAGAUAAUCAUAUAUUUCCUAAUAAGGGGGCCAAGCACUUAACAUUGCACCUCUAUUGUUUUGUUAGGAUUUCUUUUUUUUUCUCUUUAUUGUCAUCCAAGCUUGUCAAUAUAGUAGAGAUACCAAAUUUGGUAGAAAGGUUCAGAACCCUCUCUAAUACUCCCUGUCUAAUACAACCUGUAGUAUAUCUAAUUAAACGAUGGUGCCCGUGUUCUCCAGGAAUGACUACGUAUUCAUUUAACGAACUGUUAGCUCAUUUCUGAAUUGAGUUUUAUUUAUAGAGCGAAGGCAAAAUGAUCCGUCGGAAUCUCCGAGCUAGAUCUGUUCACUAUUUUAUUAUCCAUAAUCAAGAUUUCAACAGUGAAAUACUUUUGGCAUUAGGUUUGUAGCCCUUUUUUUAAAUUGGUAGAUUUGCAGGUUCCUGGUCGGGAACUUAAAAAUGUGUUUUGUUUUCAGGGUUGUGUGUGAAAUGCGCUGAUGUUUCGAGUGUGAGGGAAACUGGAAACUCAGGGAAGCACAAGCGUGACCAUGCUGAAAGGGCAGGGGCAGGAGCAGGAUGCUCGACUCAGCCUUGACGAGAUCUCGAGCAUCUCGCAGGUGACCAUGGCUAAGCGGCUGAAGCAUGCUUCUCUCUGGGUUUUGGUGCUCCAGACCACCUCACUGGUCCUGACCAUGCGCUACUCACGCACUCUGCAGUCCGAGGGUCCGCGAUACCUCGCCUCUUCCGCUGUCGUGUUCUCCGAGAUCCUCAAGAUCCUCACCUGCACCCUGCUUGUCUUCAGCAUCAAAAGUUUUAGUAUUCGAGGCCUGAAUCAGGUCCUGAAGGAGGAGAUCAUUCAAAAACCCUUAGACACGAUGAAGCUGGCAAUCCCAUCAGGCAUCUACACGCUGCAGAACAACCUGCUCUACGUGGCUCUGUCCAACCUGGAUGCUGCUACGUACCAGGUUACGUAUCAGCUGAAGAUCCUCACCACUGCUCUGUUCUCCGUGUCGAUGCUUGGGAAGAGACUUAGCAUCUCCCAGUGGCUAUCGUUACUCGUUCUAAUGACAGGCAUCGCUUUUGUACAGUGGCCGUCACACUCUGAGAAGGAGAUGAUUGUGGGUUCGCAGAUAAUCGGCCUGCUCGCUGUGCUGUUUGCAUGUUUCUCCAGUGGCUUUGCCGGCGUUUACUUUGAGAAGAUCCUCAAAGAGACCAAUCAGAGUGUCUGGAUCCGUAACAUUCAGCUGGGUUUGUUUGGUCUACUCUUUGGCUUAAUCGGAGUGUUUGCGCAGGAUGGGGAGAAGGUCCGGGAGAAUGGAAUUUUACAGGGUUAUAACAGCGUGACCUGGGCUGUGGUGAUUCUACAGGCUAUGGGUGGCUUGGUCGUCGCAGCGGUCAUCAAAUACGCAGAUAACAUCCUGAAGAGCUUUGCCACAUCUGGCUCCAUCAUGUUAUCCACUUUCAUCUCCUACUUCUGGAUGCAGGACUUUUAUCCUACCAGUUUGUUCUUCGUGGGGGCCGUGCUGGUCAUCAUAGCCACAUUUCUCUAUGGGUAUGACUGGAAAUCUUGUGUGAACCUUAGCAAACCCUAGGACGAGGGAAGUGGCGUGAACGUGACGGAGCAGUCACUGGAGGGUCUGCAGAGACAUGGAAUCACCGACCAGGGAAGAAGAAGAAGGAAGUGGACAAGAGGGCAUGAAGAUCAGGGAUUCUUAAAGCCCUUUCAUGCCAAGGACGAUAACUAUAAUGAUAAUGAUAAAAGAUAUAGUUCUAAAAAUCUUUCUAAAUAUAAAAGAGUCCACGCCACAACUAUAACCAUGUGAUAGAUGGCACAGAGAAACGAAAUCGUUGGAAUCACUUUCAGAACAAUUUUGUCCUGCUGAUAAACGAUAAAAACAUUGACAACCAAUCAGAAUCCAUCCUGCAUUAGAGAGCUCGCGCAUUUAAAGCAGCAGACGGCAUAAUUGCAGCACCUGCUUAGAAUAAACAGAACAAUGUCGUGCGUUGGUGUGGACACUAAUAUAGUUAUCAUUAUCUUUAUAGUUAUCGUUCUUGGUGCGAAUGGGCCUUUACUUGUGAUGAUCAAAUGUGACGAUAUAGCACUAUGCAAAGUUCCAGUUGGAGGACGAUAAAAAAAGACGAGACUGCACAGUAUUAAAGACGUGAUGUGUUAUAUAUUACUGAUUGUGCCUGAUUAUAAACUUCUCAUUCACUUAAGGUUUACAUUAAAUGGUCAGUGCAGGAUUUUGAACGGUUUCCUGAGGAACAUCUGUGUCUGCAUCUGUAUUUUCAUCAUCUGACUGAACGUGGUCAACAUAAAAGAUGGUCAAUUGCUUUCUUUUACUGUAAUAAAAGUGAGACGCUUUCGCUUUA